UGCUCGCGGCGGGGCCGGGGGCGGCGGCGGUGCCCCGGGGCCCCCCUUCUCCCCUCCCGGCCGCCCUUAUAGCCCGGCCAGGCCCGGCCGCGCCGUCUGUCCGCCCGGGGUGCCGGCCGGGCCGCCAUGGCGGCGGAGCGGGGCCUUCUCCCGGCCCUGCUGCUGGUGCUGCUGGCGGGCGGCGGGCAGCAGCCGGGUGCCGCCGACUACUGCAGCUGGAGGGGCAGUGGGUUGAGCUGGGAGCCCCGUUCCCGUGCGGUGGAGCAGGUCCACCUGCGCUGCACUGAGGGCUCCCUGGAAUGGAUGUACCCAGCGCAAGCCCUGCGUGUGGUUCUGGAGCCCAACCUGUCCAGCGCCCAGCACACCACUGUCUGCAUCAAGCCAGCCAGAGACUUCCAGGGUGCCAGCAUCUACGUGGAGCAUGCUGGGCAGCUGCAUCUGGUGGUAAGCGAGGCAGGAGGGGCUCGACCCUACCACGUGUCUUGCUUCAGUGCCCACACACCGCAACGAGUGGCCCUCUUCCUGCAGGCCAGCCCGCAGAGGGACAUCAGCCGCCGGACGGCCAGCUUCCAGUAUGAGCUUCUGAGCAACCAGAGUGGUCCUGACUUCAAAAAGAUGGCAUUGGUAAAGGCUAUGUGCCGUCCUUGUGACAACGUGGAACUUCUUAUGGCUAUUUGCAGCAGUGAUUUUGUGGUGAAAGGAUCUAUCCGAAAUGUUUCCCACGAUUCUGAGAACCACAUGUCACAGGUUGAUGUCAACGUCCAGAAAGUCUACAGGCAGAAAAACAGAAUUUUCCAGCAGGAUGAAGCAAGUGGCGAAUGGCGAGGCCCUAUACGAACCCUGCUACAGUGCAAGGUGAAGAAGGGAGCUGGAGAUUUUCUUUUCACUGGAAAUGAACAUUUUGGCGAAGCCUGGUUGGGCUGUGCUCCUCGGUUUAAAGAUUUCAGUUUCAUUUACCAUGCUGCCAGAGAAAGAAGAGCCAACCCAUGCGAGUUUCAGCUCAAUUGACAGGAGUAACACGGGACAUGAGAGUUGAAAAAGUUCAGUCCUGUUUUUGGAUACUGAAUAUGAAGCAGCAUUAAAACCAAGGGCUAAAGCUAACAAUAUCACCAAAAUAGGAACCUGGAGAACUUCUUGGAGAUAAUGGCUCUGUGAGCCCUGUAAACUCUGACCACUAAUCCAUAAACUGGGUUGCAUUACUUUCUCCCUCUUCAAAUCUUAUUUGCCUCAAAAGUAACUGUGAAUUUUGAAAAGGUUAUCUUUGUUUUGUAGUUAGAAGGCAGCUAGUGCUCAGUAUUAUGAUGUUCUCUCUCUAUCUUUACUCUGGGCACUUACUAUGUGCUUUUUCCCUAUUUUUUUUCCUCUCUUCACCCAUCUCCAGUUGAUUUCCCUUCCAUUUGAUUCCUAUUUAUUUUCUUACCUGCGAGAUCAUUUCUGGGCAUCUCACCACUUCAUCAUUUCCACAUUCCUAUGAUUAUAGCUAAAACCAUAGUUAGCAUUUGUUACUAAACCUUCAAACAAUUGGUAGGUUUGCCAUUUUUUUUCCCCUUCUGUAUGUUAGUAGAGAGAUGAACUAACCCUCUGGGGCGGGAUCACAGCUGAUGUAAUUCCACAGUUCUCUGUUGAUUUCAGCACAAUUGAUAGUAUCUGAUCUUGUUCCACAUGCAGGCAUGCCAAUGAGAGAUACCACACUAAGCUAAUAUGAACUGAUAUCAUUACCAGAUGAGAAAAGCUCUUUGAGAAAUGCAUUGAAAUAAUCAGAAGUUUAGGUCGUAGCAUUGUCUGGAUUGGAAUGUAAUAGUAUUCGUAGUACUGGAUCUACAGCUAUCUCUAGUUAUUGUUGAGUGCACGAUAGGAAAGAUCUAAGAGAAUUGGCUCUUGUAAAGUAUUAGGGAAUAUAUAGAGGUAUCCAAGUACAUGGCAUUUGAGAGCUGGAGAUCAGUGCUACAGGUGAGAUUUUAAAUGGGGUACUCUUUGGUAUUUGCGCUGUAAAUGUGAGGUAAAAUGUGAGAGAGACCUCUGUCUUGGUAUAGAUUAGAGGAACAUAGGUACUGCAUUUCUUUGUUUGGGUAUUUGUACAUAUCACACUUGUGUGUGUUCCUUACCACUUCGCUAGUGAAUUGGAAAAUGAACUAUAGGAAAGUGAAAGAAAAGGAAAAGAGCAAGUUAGUUCAAAGUGCUCAGACCAUUCUUAGAAAAUAGUCCAUCGAGGGAGCAAAUGUUUUCCUCCAUAGGAGAAGAUUUGGAAGCACGGACCAGACAAAAAUGCAGUUAGAAAGAUGAACAAGUAUAUGAAUAUUUAAGAGAGAAUUUCUGUGAUAUAUAGAGUGGCAAUACUCAGAAAAUCCAUAGUGCUUCAGUUCUUUACCCUAGGUCCAAAUUUCUUCCAACUUCAAGACAGAAUGUCGAGAUAAAGGUGUGAGUAACAGUGGGAUAAAGCUGGAAAAGAUGGAAAAUCAGAAUCAGUGGAAGAGCGGGGAUGUAUCUGAAGAGUAAUAUAAGAUCAGGUUAUACACUACUUAAUUUCAGGAACUUUAUUAUUGGGACGGGAUGGACAACCAUUAUCGGAACAAGGAGCUGUAACUAUGAGCAGGACAUUUUAAUUUUGUUUCCUGGUGGUUUAAACUGUCAGCCUAAGGUAAUAUUGUGCAGGUUCUUAGUUACACAGGGCAGCAAGCAAUGUUUAUUCCCCUCACAUCCUGUGUUACAGUUUCUAGCUACAGUUUCUUAGCUGCAGUAGAAUAAAAGGUAAAGGGAAUACUCUUCCUUAUUGAGUUAGCUUGUGUAUAAUAGGAGCCAACAGUUGCAGUUAUGUACCCAUUGAGGUCUUCUCAGGCAGCAAGAAGUUGGAAAGACUGAGACAAAACAAAUUUCACGAGCAGUCUGUACUGUACCCAGCAGAAAGUUUUAAAUAUAAGUGAAUAUAACCAGGGAUACCUACCAGUAAAGAAUGGAAACCUUCCUUUCCCGUGGUUUUCUGACAUUGCGCCAGCAUUAGCGAUGGGUAAACAAAGGCUGGGCAGCGUUACAAAGGCACAGGGAAUCUUCAGGGAAUAGGUACCUAAAAACAGAGUAAGGAUGCCAGAAGCCUAAUACAACUGUUUCUUUUGAGCUUUAGGAAUCGGUUUCUCCAACUAGAGGUGUAGGAGAAUUGGAUCUGAAGUGAAAUACUAUCACUGUUUCACAAAUGGAGGGCUGAGGCAGCGUGAGGUAGUUACUGGUGGGAUUUAGGUGCCAGCUCUCAUUAGUGCAAGCUCUGUGAUCUGAGCUAGAUGGACUGUGGGGAAGGGGGGGGCUAAGUUAUGCUCAACCCAUUUGUGAGCAACUGUAAGCAAACAAGUGAUGUUCUUUCUUUACUGUGGUUAAACUUAACCCAAUGAAAUAUUUUUACUGAGGAAAGCCUGUUAAAUGUUUUCCCCUUUAGCAUUGCAAGCUUAAGUCUUUCAGCCUCUUCCAGGAAGGAAGUGAAGCCUUUUCCAUAAUCCUUCUGAUCUGUAACAUUUCAUAAAGCAGUGGGGUCUUUAUGCACUUAAUCAUUUGUUCUUUGCUGGAUUCGUGCCCGAUGUGUAGAUUGAGAAUCAAAAGAUAGACAGGAUGUUUCCCCCAGUUCGUUGAAAGACAAAAAAGAGCUGUAACAGUCUCUAAUGAGUCUUUGACUGACUGGACCCACACUAUAAAGUUUGUGAAUAGAUACUGAGGGCUAAGUUUUCUUGACUGAUUUGAACAUGGCUUGGCUGGCUUACACCCACAUGAAUAUGGCCCUUUUUGAAUGCAGCUGGUCUUUUCCUUAUGUCUACCUUUGCCUUUUCUGCAUAGUUUCAAGUGCACUGAAUUCUCAACACACUGUUCCGUAGGAAAUUAAUUGCAUGACUACAGGCUUAUACCCUUUGUUAGAGUAGUGACUCAUUCAUUCCCUUUCUCCAAUUCUGUUAGUACUUUUCAAGGUAAACGUUUCAAUAUUUUUAGCUGAACUGUAAGCUCAAACUGUAUCUCAAACAGAAGUGUAAGAACCCCAUUGGUGUAACAAAUUAAAAUGUCACACUGAAAUGGCAAAGCUGUGGCUUUCAGAGGGGUUGGGGGUUGUAGCGAGAAGGGCCAGGAGCUGCAUGUCAAAGUUCUGAAAUCUGGGUUUAUGCUGAGCUUUGCCCCUGACUCACAUACCUAAUGCCUUCUGUUGCCAGUGAGAAUCCGUAUUUUAAAGCGGUUUUAGAUGGCUAGACAUGAGAAGGAUUAAGGGAGACACUCCUGAACGUGUUGCAGAAUUAACUCAGUUCAGAAUCACUAGCACGUGAUGGCAGCUGGGCAGUUAAAAUGGCUCUGAGAAAGCAGCACGUGUUUUCUCUCUGAUGUCCUAGGUUUUAGCACCUCUCUUCAGGGCUCAUUCUGCACUGAGAUUUUUAGGCUUAACUUCAGCAUGGGAAGAGGAGUAUUUUUUUUUUCUCUUUUUCUGACCUUUACCAAGAUUCCAUCUUUUUCCCCUUUUUAAUGGUCCUAAUCCCAUUCUGCUGGAAUCAAGCAAGGCUUUCAAAAUACUUGUGGGGAAUCAGAUUCAAGAGUACUUAAUUUUUUCUAAACACUUUUAUUCCAAAGUGAUGUGUUUUGGCUUUGGUACGGCGCAGCGAUACUGUGGAGAUACAUAGUAAAUGCUCCUGUAAUUAAUACAGUCAUACUUACCAUAUUCAAAAUUUUGCCUCAGGAUAUGUAAUUCUUUUAGUGUUUGAGAAAGCCAUUGCUGUAUUCAAGGAAUUAGUACACAGACAAGUACCUGAAAUGAAUCAGGGGGCAACAAGGAAUAGAGGAGCUCCAGGUAUGCCAUCAAACCUGUCAUUGCAGCAUGACAUAGAGCAACAGCCCUCUUCACUGUGACCUUGAGAAUCUGCAGCCAAAUUAUAACUUCAUUACCAAUUACAGUGCCAAGAUUAAGGAUUGUUAAACUGCCUGAAUAUCAGUUUCAUGUAAAAUGAAUGUAUGACUUGACUCCUAGAUUAUUUUUGCAACAAUACUAUUCCUGACCAGGUUCCUAGAACACAACAAUCCUUUACAGACAAGUCUGGAAGCUGCUUCUAAACUGGGGGAAAACCCGCCCCUAACGCAGAAAAAAAAACUUCCUUCACCAAGAACUACUAGAUUUUUGAAAUAGAGUGUUGGUACUCUAAAAAAUACAGAUUAUUUUCUUACAUUGUGUAUGAAACUUCUUAAUGUUUUCAAACACAGAUAAAAUACAAUGAACUUGGAUCCUUAAAGUUCCGUUGAACUAAUUUAGGAUCAAGAAUUGCUCAUGAUGGUAUUUUCACCUAAUUAUCUGCCUCUUUUCAAUUAGCUUUUAUUAUUUUAAUGGUCACUCCUCCCACCCUUGCUUAGUGCUUUGGCCAGGCUCACAUAAUUGCCUAUAUUUUAUGUAAAUGGAAUUGUUACACCGUAAAAUUAUAUACAAAUGUGUCUACCACAUGAAGUCCAGUAAAUGGUGUGAAUAAGCCCAUUAUUUUCAGUGUAACGGCAUCUGAUAGCAGCCUGGGAAACACAGGGCUGACAGAUGUGAGCCUGUGACGAGGAAAAAACCUGAAUGAGGAGUACUCUGACAGGCCACAAUUAAUUGACUUUUGAAAUAACUCCUUUUUUUCCUGUUCUACAUGGCUGAGCAAGAUUCACAAAUUGCUGUCUUGAACUUUUUAAUGGGACAAAAUCAUUGCCAAUGAAAGUCUAAAUGACAUGAACUUUGAAUAGGAGUCAUACAAUGACCACACCAUGACAUGUUUUUAACUGACAUAUUGAGAAGUAGCAGCCCCUCAAUUGAGAGGGGAUCAGGAAGGGGUGAGAAUAGAUGGGAGGGAGGCAGAACUGGGCAUGGAAGCAGUCUGUUGAACGCUAGCCCAGUCCUAUUUUAAUGUAGGAAGAGAAACAAGCAUUAAGAAAUGUCUUGAUAGAUGUUUUCAUGUAUGUUCCCAGAUAGUUUGCAGUCCUCUUCCAGUGUUCCUUUUACUGUGAAAAAGUCAUAAAGCUAAACGAAAAUGUUACUAGCAGAUAGAAAAACAGCCAGUGUUUGAGUAAGGUGUAUGCUGGCUUCUCCGCAUUCAGUAUGUGUUCCAGAGCCAGGCUGUUGUCAGUCACAUUUACAUGGGAGCAAGGUACAUUAUUUGUAUUGGAAUUGUGUAAGCUUUGGAAGCUUAGGCCAAACUGUGGCAGAUCUAAUUAACCUCUUAAUCCCAAGAACAUCAUGGGGCAAGUAGUUAGUGAAGGGAAGAUGAGGAUUGUAUUUUUCCUUAGUUAUUAAUGUGAAUUACAACAUUCCUACUAUCUGCAUCUCUUGAUCUAGCAGUAUCAUAACUGACUCUCUAAGAAUCCUUCAGAGAAUUUAUUCCCAGAAACCUUCAUCAGCUACGCUGAUUCAGAGAAAAGUGGCAAAGUCAGUUUGUAACUUGUUUUACGGGUGCCUUUGUUUUGGCUAAUUUUAAAAACUUUGCUGAGCUGUCUGCUUUCCACUGGUCCCAGGGGAAAGCAGAUUGCAAGCCACCAGCCCUUUAGUUUGACCUUGCUGACUGCUUAGGAAUCUCAGAAUAUCUUGAGUUGGAAAGCUGGAAUGGACCCUCAAGAAUCACUGAUGGAGUCCAGCUCCUGGCUCCACACAGGUCCACUGAAAAAUCAACCCCUGUGUCUGAGAGCAUUGUCCAGAUGCUUCUUGAACUCUGGCAGGCUUGGGGCCAUGACCACUGCCCUGGGGAGCCCGUUCCAGUGCCCCACAGCGUUCUCAGCAAAAAACCUUCUUCUGAUACCCAACCUGAAUCAUCACCCAGUGCCACUUCCAGGCAUCACCUGAGCUAGAAGAUAGUAGAGAUCAUCUAAGGUUUUUUAAAACAAUCUCACUGCACAUACUUAGUUCUUAAUUGUUAUCUUCUUCCAACUAGUGACAUUUUUGCUUACCUGAAAAGGUCUCCGCAGGUUUGGUUGUUGGAGGGGAUGUUCAUCUCAUCCUCAGUUAGGAUAAACCAUUACUACUAAAGGGUGUGUAGCUCAGAUGAAGGAGACAGAGAGAGUUCAGGCAGGUGUCUCAAUCCAGAGGACACCACAGCACAUGGAGCUCUUGUCCUUUUCUCUCUUCUCCACGUCUAACUUACUGAGUUGUACAAAUAACUGGUCUCCUUUUGCAUACAAUAGCAUCUAUUUCUGCCUUCCUUACUGCUUACUUCAACUUUGAGCACUGAACAAAAUACCUAGAGUCUCUAACUUUCAUUUCCCAAGAAUAUUUAUUGAAUUCAAAAUAUCAGUUCAUUCAUUGAAAACUGAAAAGAUCAGCAACAGUCAUCUUCUAAAAAAAGUUAUAGGUACAACAGUAAGGCAGAUGGCAUAAAAUCCACGUCUACUGCCCUGACAAGGUUGUCUAACCGAAACAUCUAUAUCAAAUAGCAUAUAAUGUACAUACUGAAGCACAUGGCUGAUACCAGUACAAUCAUCAGGUUCCUACUUACAUAAGCAUUUAUUUUUCUAACUGCUGUAUUUUACUGAUGUAUUUCAUUGAAGAAGAGAUUCAAUUAAAGCAGAUUAGGGUAUUCAGUGGGCAAGCAUUUAUCCAGUUACCAUCACUUAUACAUUAAUAUGCAAAUCAUUCCACAUACUCAUGGCUUUAUUAACACCAGAAUUAGUUCUCUUCCUAUACUGGAUAAUUAGUUUCUUUGCAGUAUUAAAAAGAGAAGUGUAAUUGAAAUUUA